UCUGAUGUUUAAGAAUAGAGAGUGCUCUGAGAUAGAUAGGUAAAAAGCUGGUGAAAUUUGAUAAACACAAACCACCUCAAAUCUAAAAAAUGUGCAAAAAUUAGGAAAGUGUCUUCAAAAUAAAAAUGACCAGAAUCAGCAAGUACUGGUAGCUUAGAAUGAUGGGACAGCUAGACUACGCGUCUACUGACAUGGCGGACUACUACAUCAGGAUGCUGACACACCUCAGGAAUCACUCGGACAUGCUGAAGACACAUGAGAAUCUGCUGAAUCUGCUGAACGUCACCGAAGAAGACUUGCAGAUGAUGUUCAACACGACUCAGGCGAUAGAAGCUGCAGCACCGUGCUACUGUGGAGGGACUUUGAGGAAGGUAGUCUCCAGCUAUAGGCAGAUCCACGGGUACUUCAGUCUGGUAGUUUGUGUGUUCGGAACCAUCGCUAACAUCCUCAACAUCUUGGUGCUCACUCGCAAAGAACUCAUCAACUCUCCCAUCAACCGGAUCCUCACCGGCAUCGCUGUCGCUGACAUGCUAGUCAUGUUGGAGUACAUCCCCUUCUCUACGUACAUGUACGUUCUGCUUCCUCCGGGGGUCAAGCACUUCUCACACUCAGAAGCUGUCUAUAUACUCGUCCACAUGCACUUCUCUCAGUUGAUGCACACCAUAUCCAUAUCCCUUACACUCACCUUGGCACUCUGGAGGUACCUUGCUAUUCAAUUCCCACACAAGACUCACACGAUGUGCUCGGACCAGCGCUGCACGACUGCUAUCACCAUGGCGUUCGCUCUGCCCGUGCUGAUCUGUAUACCAUCGUACCUGGUGUUCAGCGUGAGAGAGACCAGGGUGAUGGAACACCAGAGGGUGGUGACUCUCUACCAUCUAGACCUCAGUGAUCUUGCCAAGCAGGACAACGAGCUGCUGUACACAGCCAACUUCUGGUUGUACGCAGUUGUAGUGAAGCUGUUGCCAUGCGCGGUCCUCACGCUGGUGUCCUAUUGGCUGGUCUCCGUACUGUGGCAGGUGAACGCGCGCAAACAGCGUCUGCGCUGUGACGUGUUUCCCGCGGUGGCGGCACCACGUGUCUACAAGCCGGAGAAACGCGUUGACAGAACCACCAAGAUGUUGGUCGCUGUGUUACUGCUGUUCCUAAUCACUGAGAUCCCUCAGGGUGUGCUAGGUCUGCUGAGUGGGAUCCUAGGACGAUGCUUCUUCAAGAACUGCUACCACCAGCUGGGCGAGCUGAUGGACAUCCUAGCCCUGAUCAACGGUGCCAUCAACUUCAUCCUGUACUGCUCCAUGAGUCGUCAGUUCAGAGACACGUUCAGUAAGAUGUUCAAGCCACGGAUACUGGCCAAGUGUGCUCCGCAUAACACAGAGGUUCACAGCACCUACGUCUGACCAACGUCGACUCCUGCCU